AGAGUCGUGAACCCCGCUGUGUCGCAGUUUGCUGUCGUUACAAAAUAAGAUGACGUACCGAGCUGACGAUUUUACCGCAAUUACUUAAAAACCAAUCACGCAGGGCAAGCUUUGCCUCUGUCAGACAGUCAAGCAUGGAGACGCCUCCUAAUGCAACACCGCAGCCCUUCAGACAGCCCAGCUUUCUCAACAGAAGGUUGAAGGGUUCUAUCAAAAGGGCCAAAAGUCAGCCCAAACUGGACCGGACCAGCAGUUUCAGACAAAUGAUUCUGCCCCGAUUUCGUAGUGCCGACCAAGAGAGGACUCGUCUAAUGCAGAGCUUCAAAGAAUCCCACUCCCAUGAAUCCUUGCUGUCCCCCAGUACUGCAGCGGAGGCUUUGGACCUAGUUUUAGAUGAGGACGCCAUUAUCAAACCUGUCCACUCCAGUAUUUUGGGACAAGAGUACUGCUUUGAGGUGACGACCAAUUCAGGAACUAAAUGUUUCGCCUGCCGCUCGGCCACAGAAAGAGACAAAUGGAUAGAGAAUCUUCAACGUGCAGUCAAACCCAACAAGAACUCCUCGUUUCGUUUCCAGGACAACAGCAGACGGGUGGACAACGUGCUCAAGUUGUGGAUCAUCGAAGCUCGAGACCUUCCCGCAAAGAAACGCUACUACUGCGAGCUGUGUCUGGACGACAUGCUGUACGCAAGAACCACCAGCAAACCUCGGACUGACACGGUCUUCUGGGGCGAGCACUUUGAGUUCAACAAUCUGCCAACCAUUCGUAGCCUUCGUCUGCAUCUCUACAAGGAAACAGACAAGAAAAGACGCAAGGAAAAAAGCACAUACAUUGGCCUGGUCAGCAUUCCCAUCUCAAGCAUCACGGGCCGACAGUUUGUGGAGCAGUGGUAUCCGGUGAUUCAGUCCAGCGUUUUGGCCAAAGGCGGCGGCGUUGGAAGUGGCAAAGUCAUCAAUGCCUCGCUGCGUGUCAAGUCUCGCUACCAGACAAUGAACAUCCUGCCAAUGGAGCUUUACAAGGAGUUUGCCGAGUACAUCACCAACAACUACCGAACACUGUGUUCCGUCUUGGAGCCGCUGCUGAGUGUGAAAAGCAAAGAGGAGGUGGCGUUUGCUUUGGUGCACAUUUUACAGAGCACAGGAAAAACAAAGGAGUUCCUGUCUGACAUGGCCAUGUGUGAGGUGGAUCGAUUCAUGGACCGUGAGCACCUGAUCUUUCGGGAGAACACACUGGCGACGAAGGCUGUGGAAGAGUACCUCAAACUGAUUGGUUACAGAUAUCUUAAGGAUGCUAUAGGUGAUUUCAUUCGAGCCUUGUACGAGUCUGAGGAGAACUGUGAAGUGGACCCCAUGCGUGUUCCGCCAUCGGUCCUCGCCGACCACCAGGCCAAUCUGCGCAUGUGCUGCGAGCUGUUACUCUGCAAGAUCAUCAACUCACUUUGCAUCUUUCCCCGGGAGCUGAAGGAAGUGUUUGCCUCGUGGAGAGCCAGAUGUGCUGAGCGUGGUAGGGAGGAUCUGGCCGACAGCCUCAUCAGCUCCUCCCUGUUCCUGCGCUUCAUGUGCCCAGCCAUCAUGUCUCCCUCCCUCUUCAACCUGAUGCAGGAGUACCCUGCCGAACGCACCUCCCGCACUCUCACGCUCAUCGCCAAGGUGAUGCAGAACCUGGCCAGCUUCAGCAAGUUCGGACCUAAGGAGGAGUAUUUGUACUUCAUGAACGAGUUCCUGGAGAUGGAGUGGGGAUCCAUGCAGCAGUUUCUCUACGAGAUUUCCAACAUGGAGACAGGAGGGAACGCUGGAGGAUUUGAAGGCUACAUCGAUCUGGGCAGAGAGCUGUCCAUGCUCCACAGCUUACUGUGGGAAGUCAUGGGCCAACUCAGCAAGGAUGCUAUUCUUAAACUGGGACCGCUACCACGGCUGCUCAAUGACAUCAGCGUGGCCCUGAGGAACCCUCAGCUUCACAUGCCCACAAAUCACCAGCCGGAGAGACCGAAGGACAGACUUUUCUCACGGCCGUCUUUCAAUCGCCUCAUGUCCUCUGACUUCCAAAGCCUCAUGAUGCGUGACUUAAACAGUUCAAUAGACAUCUCACGCCUGCCAUCACCUACUACUGGAGUGUCAGCUGUAGAGUCCCUCUCGUCCAAUCUAAACAUGAGGCGUCAUGCUGAACGGGACCUUCGCCCGUCCAGGGAAGUUUUCUACGUGACCCGUCCACCAUUGGCCCGUUCCAGUCCUGCAUACUGCACAAGUGGCUCAGACAUCACUGAACCUGAUCCCAAGGUAUGGAGUAAAACAUAUAUCAUGUCAAGUCAGCUCAUUCACCGAUUGUGUUGUCAGCUCUGUUGUUUUUCAUGUCUAUCUCUUCAGGUCCACAGUGUGAAUAAAAGUGUCUCCAUGAUGGACCUUCAGGACUCACGGAUGAACAGUAUUUCCAACCUGAACUCAGUGGGAGACAUGCUCACUUCCUCUCAGGCCUCCAUCGCUGGCCUGGGCCACAGCUUCGGAAACCUUGGUGCUCCUCUUCGGCAUAUGCCCACAAACUCCGCGGGUUCUGCUUUGAGGCUGAGUCAGAUGGGUCACCUCGGGGGGCCCACGGAGUCCAUCUCUCAACAGCAACAGCAGGCAGCAGCAGCCAUGCACUUCCCCCUGUCUUUCCAGAAUCCACUGUUCCAUCUGGCCACCCAGAACUCCCCAGCUCAGCCUCAGGCUCCUCCUUCUCAACUCCUCCUCGCCCCCGAGCCUGAAAAUGGACACCAUGAUUACACGCCUGCCUUUGGAAACAGUGCUUUCUCCCGCAGCGAGGACUUGUCUGCCCUGCGGUCCCAGAACAGCCUGGUGCAGCCCAGCAUUGUCCACUCACACAGCUACAGUGAUGACUUCACUCGACAGAACCAGAGCAAUGACUUUGCCUGGCACCAGCUGUCACUGCAGGUCCAGGAAUCCCUGCAGCAGCAGCACAUGAUGGGAGUCACGUCCCAAACAGCCACUGGCACAGGAACCCCUGCCUCUCUGGCCACACCUCCAACUACAGUUCAUCCUGUUCGUCAGUCAUCAAUGGCUGCCGCAGCACACCUGAAAUCCCAGAGGUCCAUUAACACCCCUGCUACUGCGACGCCCCCAAAAGUUCGCCCUCAGAGCAGAAACCUCCUCCUUAACUCCUCUGACGCCAGUUUCAGUGUCAGUCAGCCAAAACAACGUCAAACUCAACAGCAACAUCAGCAGCAUCAGCAGCAUCAGCAGCAGCUACAGCAGCAGCAACAACAACAGCAGCAGCAGCAGCAUCAUCAGCAGCUACAACAACAACUACAACAACAACAACAACAACAAGCACACCAGCAGCAGCAGCAGCAAGACACACAACUGUCAGUGACAGACAGUCCAGCUCCUGGGCUUCCGUACCAGACCAGCUCUGCCAAAGAGAACCAAGCUCCAUCAGCUGCUGCAGAGGAGUCCACAGACACCCCAACAAAGAGCACCAAGAAAGCUCAGGCCCAGCUGCAGCCUCCACAGCAGCAUCUGCUCAAACCAGUUAGCAACAAGCAGGGUUCUCAGUCCAACUUGACCACGACGGCCCUCAACGAAAGGACGGUGGCCUGGGUGUCAAACAUGCCACACCUCUCUGCAGACAUCGAGAGCCUGCGGCCGGACCGUGAGGGUCAGCUGAAGGAGUACUCCAAGAGCAUGGAUGAGUCACGAUUAGAGAGGGUGAAGGAAUACGAAGAGGAGAUCCAUUCACUGAAAGAGCGGCUGAAGAUGUCGCACAGAAAGCUGGAGGAGUACGAGCAGAGACUUAUGUCCCAGGAGCAGCAGACCAGCAAGAUCCUGCAGCAGUACCAGAACCGGCUGGAGGACAGCGAGCGACGCCUGAAACAGCAACAGGUGGAAAAGGACUCACAAAUCAAAGGCAUCAUCAACAGACUCAUGGCUGUGGAAGAUGAGCUGAGAGGGGGUGCCAUUCCUGAUAUUAAGCCUCGAAUCCUCACAGACCAGUCUAUCAACCAGGGCUACGGUGGCCACCCCGGAUCCUGACUGUGGAUUCGACAGUGAGCAGAGUUAAUGAUGGCCGUUUGAACAAAGAGAACUGAUUCACCCCCAAGAAAAGGCAACAGUUGAUCAAGCAGGACCACCGGAGGCUUCAUCCCACAAUUUUGUUUAUAUUAAAACAAACAAAAAAACCAAACAAACAAGAAAAUAAAAUUGCACAUAUUCAAA